AUGCCUUCCCAGAUCUUCGUCACCGAGCCUCACCCCACCGUGGCACCAAACACAUACAUCUACUCCGGCCGCGGCGGAGCUGGCAACAUCUUCCGCGCUCCUGUUACCACCCCGGCUGCCGGCAUCACAACCCCUCUGAAGCCUCUUCCCGUCAACGGUGCCCGCCGCUUCUACUCUGGCAUCGGCGGUGCUGGCAACGCCCACAGCGCUACUGAGAGGCCCGUCAUCAGUUUUGAUGAGGACUUCGACCGCCAGCAGGUCCGUGACCGCGCUGCUGUUGGCCAUGUUGGCAUUGGCGGUGCCGGCAAUGUCUCCCGCCGCAAGAACUCAGAUGCCUCUUCAGUCCUCAGCGAGGAGUCUACCGUCUCUUCCAUGUCUUCACUCAAGUCCAUCAAAGAACGCAGCGGCAACUUCCUCCGCCGCCUCGGUUCUAAGAAGAACUAA